UCCCAUAAUGCCCUGCGCACGUCUCGGGUCGGAAAAGAGGAGCCGCCAUUUGCAGUACUUUCAUCCUUGCAGUGACUGCCUUUUAAAUGGAGCCGAAUAGGCCUUAAGCUGUGGGGGCCGGUAUAGUUUUAACGUUUUCCCACUCCCUGUGACGUCUAGAACCUAUCUAGAUGAGGCUGGAGUAACAGAACGUCGGAAUUGUGGCCGAUUUUCCCUCUGUUUGGAAGGACGUCGAAUUUGGCCCAGCCCUCGAACUCUACUCUGUGGGCCCGACAGCAGGCCAGGCUUGUCCACCAAGCAGGAUAAAAUACUUUGGUCGACACUCAACUUUAAUCUGGCUGAGUUUUCAGAACCCCUGGAAAUAACCAUGAGUUCGUCACCUAGCAGUGACCAGGUCUCACAAGGAAUACAGCAGGUAAACUUACGGCUGAUCCUGGUCAGCGGAAAGACACAUGAAUUCCAGUUCUCCCCCAACGACUCGGCAGCGGACAUUGCUAAACACGUUUAUGAAAACUGGCCUACCGACUGGGACGAUGAGAAAGUCAGCACACACAGCAUACUUCGUCUAAUAUAUCAGGGCAGAUUCCUGCACGGAAAUGUCACACUUGGAGCCUUACAGCUACCGGUAGGAAAGACAACAGUGAUGCAUUUGGUGGCAAGAGAGAAUUUACCAGAGCCCAACUCACAAGGUCAGAGAAAAAGUGGCAAGACAGAGGAGAGUAACUGCUGUGUCCUGUUGUGAGUGCUUGUGGAGGAGGACACGGGGGGAGACAUGGGGGGAGAGAUAGAGAGGAAUCAUCGGCACAGGAUGAUCCAUUUUUCACAAAAAAAACGUAUAAAUAUUGUCAGAUUUCCACUAGUCAUUUUAACCUCUUAUAAACUGUGUUGCUUCAAAACUACCAUGAUCAACCCAUGUUUGUAUGGUAAUUGUAUACCAUAAAAGAAUAAGUUAUAAAGGUUACAACAAAAUAUCCUUAAAUGGUCUUAUAUUUAUAUACAUGUACACCUGAAAAAUAUAUUGAACAAGGAAACUCAAGAGUAAACAAACAAAGAAAAAAAGAUUAUUGUUGACCUAAAUGAGCACAGAAAUAUUUGUACAGGUAGACAUAAUCUGAAAACUCUAAGUUCCAAAUUGUGGCAUCUAUAGAAUGCUUAACCUUGGACAAUGAUUUGAAAUGAAACCCUGUAAACAUAGAUUAUGUAUUGCUUUUAGUUGGUAAACACAACAGUAAAACUAACUUACCAAUACAAUACUAUGCAAAACAGCACACCUCCUUUUAAGGGGCCUGGGGUCAAGAUGAACCCUGAAGUCUUAGAAGAAGGAAUAUUUUAUCAGAGAUUUCUUAAGGUAUUGUACAUUUUGUGUGAAGGACUUGAGCAUUGCCUUGACACAGAUAUUGCAAGGAGACAUGCUUUUACUAAGUAAGCAGCAUCCUCUAUUAAGGUUCUUAAUAGUCAGCUAGGCUAGGAAAAGGUAUGAGCACAGUCCUCCUUAUGAAAGAGUAAGGUAGCUUAAUGGUUUUAUUUGUACAAAAUGUCACUUUUAAUGGCCUUGAUUGUUGAGAAGAUACCUGUUUGUCUCAAAAUGGGUUGAUAUUUGGUGGCUUUGAAGCAGCACAAAAGAUAUAUAGGUAUCAAAUUUCCCCAAAUGAAGACUUUUCAGCUGGAAUCUGAGAUAGUACCCACUAUUUUAGGUACGAUUUUAUGGCAUGACCUAACAUUGUAAAUGAAUUAAACAAAGGUAUACACGUUUAACCACUGGGGAGCCUUCUAAGACAAGCAUGUGGCAAGGUUAUGCUUUGUUGCCACAGAAAGAAAAUUGUAUGUAUGUAUGUAUCUAUGUAGAAGCUUUACCAAAAAGAAAAACAAGGAGAGGUAAGGCUGCCUGAGUGGCCGAAAUUGAAGCCAUGAAUUAGAUAUUGUUUCCGUGGCAACAAGCACCAGAUGUCCUAGGUUGCGUCAAUAGUAUGCUAUACUGGAACGGUAACCACUUGUUGAGAUGAGGUCAGCUGUCACAGGGCUGUUCUUACCCAGGCAACCAAUGGUACAGUCCAGUUUGGGGCAUGUCCUGGGAGGUAUCCCUUGACAACCAUACAGGCUGCAUCAUGCAGUAAGUAUGGGUGAUAUGCACAGACCUGCACCUACGUGCUUUAGACCAUAUGCCGCACAGAUAUAGGAUAAUUUUCAGAGAUGUGAGAAACCAGUUAUCUUCGCACAAAGCAGGAACAAAAAAAAAAGCUCUGUACAUUUCAUGAGAUUUUGAUAGGAAAAAAUAAUGUUGAUUGAAGAUAUACAACAUGCAGUGGGGUUAGCCUUAUGCAAACCCCUUAUAUGUCUUAACAAAAGCUUCAUAGAUUUUUGAUCAGUGAACAAGGACAAUGUAUUCAGCAACAAUGUAUUAUCUCUAUAUGUUUUGAGCUAGGUAUGUUUUUGGUCUAACAUUUUUUUGCAUUUGCUUACCAGUCAAAAGUGACCUAAAGCUAGUUUACUGCUGUGUGUAGCCUUUCACUUAAUAUAUAUAUGUAACACAAUAUGUAAUUGUUAGCUUAGAUUUUUAUUUGUAUCUCUGGAAUUGUAAAUAUGAUUUCAUUUCAUAUACAGUAAUUCCCGCUACGACAAAGGGUGAAGACCUUGGGAGCAUUUAUACAGAGAAAAGCCAUCAAACCCAAUUAUAGAUGACAGAUUUAACAGAUUGGUUAUCUUAUUCACAGAAAGGAAAGAAAAUCACUUGUUUACCUAAAUCUAAACAUUGGUCCAAAGGAGAUAAAGGUUACUAGUAGGAUGAACGAUCACCCUUUAAUAGUGUACAAAUGGUCUUGUGAGGUGAUUGUACUGGGUAGUUAUGAUAAGGUAUGCGAUGCACCAUUGUAAACGUGCAGGCCUUCAGGUAAUGUGGGGCAAAUGAUAUGUGCUUUAGCAUAUUGCACAUAAGGAUAACUUGGAAAAUCAUAACAGGCUGGUAACUCAGAAUAAAGUGUGAGAAGCGGA